UGAUGCACUUUUGCUAUGGUUGGGACACGAAAGACAUAGCUAGUCAAUAAGAAACUGUCAAAUCUGUUUUGGCUAUUAGUUCUACAUAAUUCAUAAAGUGUUUGAUAAAGUGUCAAACAAAUUACAAUUAAGAUAUAGUGAACAAAUGAGUAUAUUCUCCGUUAGGUCGUAGUUGAAAGGUCGCAGCUAGUUUAACAUGUCUGCGCCCACGAGCACAUCAUCUUGAAGGAGAUGUGGAGGUCCGCCUGUGGCCUCUCUGUGAGGGCAGCAGAGAGGGCAAUACACAGAAAAUGUUCACAUAGGCUCUAUGCUCACAAUGCGGAAAAACCUCCUCCUCAAUCUACUCCCCGGACUCAGGCGGAGAAAGAGAGGCGGAGGAGAGAUAAGGAGGAGGCCAUACUGAGCAGUCAACACAACAAUGUUGAAGAUCAAGGAAUGAAAUGGAGUGAGAAAGAGAGGAUAGCGUACAGUGUUUCAACACCUCCUGGGGAGAAGAAAGACACCACCCUGCCCUUCCCUUCGUCCUACAGCCCGGAGUAUGUGGAGACCAGUUGGUACCCGUGGUGGGAGAAAGAAGGCUUCUUCACCCCAGAGAUCAAUGACAGACUGCCACAUGCUGUGAAUCGCUCCUUCUCAAUGUGUAUCCCUCCGCCAAAUGUGACUGGCACGCUGCACCUCGGCCAUGCACUCACAGUGGCCAUAGAGGAUGCAUUGGUCCGCUGGAGGAGGAUGCAGGGCUACAAAGUUGUCUGGGUACCAGGCUGUGACCAUGCAGGCAUCGCUACGCAGACGGUGGUGGAGAGGAGGUUGUUUAGGGAACGAGGGAAGCGAAGACAGGACCUCAGCAGGGAGGAGUUUCUAAAGGAGGUGUGGACGUGGAAGAAAGAGAAGGGAGAGGAGAUCUAUCACCAGCUGAGGAAACUUGGUGCGUCUCUGGACUGGAGCAGAGCCUGCUUCACCAUGGAUCCAGGCUUCAGCAGUGCUGUGACCGAGGCCUUUGUAAGGCUGUGUGACUCUGGUCUGAUCUAUCGCUCUGAGGGGCUGGUCAACUGGAGCUGUGCUUUGGAGUCGGCCAUCUCUGAUAUAGAGGUUGACUCCAAGCAGCUGUCUGGCAGAACCCUGUUGUCUGUCCCUGGCUACCAGAACAGGGUGGAGUUUGGGACCAUGGUCACCUUUAGCUACCCUAUAGACGGCCAGGAUGGAGAGGUGUCAGUGUCGACCACUCGUCCUGAGACCAUGUUGGGUGAUGUGGCCAUCGCUGUGCAUCCUGAGGACCCUCGAUAUCAGGCAGUUCAUGGUAAACAGUGCAGACACCCAUUCGCUGACCGACUCUUACCCAUCAUCACUGACACUAUGGUGGACAUGGAGCUGGGUACAGGUGCUGUAAAAGUUACUCCAGCUCACGACCACACUGACUUCCUGCUUUCCCAGCGGCACUCUCUUCCUCGCCUCACUGUGAUUGGAGGAGACGGCACAAUGACCCCUCUCUGUGGUCAAUGGCUGGAGGGAGUGAAGCGUUUUGAUGCCAGAGAACAAGUGAUCGAUGCACUGACAGAGAAGAUGCUGUUCAGAGGGAAAAGGGAUCACGCCAUGUCUUUACCUGUCUGCAGUCGUUCUGGGGAUGUCAUUGAACCUUUGUUGAAGAAGCAGUGGUUUGUGCGUUGUGGAGAGAUGGCCCGGAGAGCCAUACAGGCAGUAGAUGAGGGACAGUUAGAGAUCAUUCCUCACUUCUACACCAAAACAUGGAGUAGCUGGCUCUCCAACAUCAGUGAUUGGUGCAUAUCCAGGCAGCUUUGGUGGGGUCAUCAGAUUCCAGCCUAUCGAGUGACUCUCUCAGAUUCCACUGACACUCAGGAGGAGCUCUGGGUCUGGGGCAGGAGUGAGGAGGAGGCCAGAGAGCGGGCUGCUGGGAAAUAUGGAGUGACUGCUGACACCAUUACACUGACUCAGGACCCUGAUGUAUUGGACACCUGGUUCUCCUCAGGGCUCUUCCCAUUUGCCAUGUUGGGCUGGCCACAGCAGACAAGUGACCUGAGGCAAUUCUACCCCAACACUAUCCUGGAAACAGGAAGUGACCUCAUCUUCUUCUGGGUGGCCAGGAUGGUGAUGCUUGGCACAGAACUGACUGGGCAGCUGCCCUUCAAACAGGUGCUCCUCCACUCUCUGGUGAGGGAUAAGCAUGGCAGGAAGAUGAGUAAAUCUCUGGGAAAUGUCAUCGACCCUUUAGAUGUUAUCUCUGGCAUCUCUCUGGAGAGGCUCCAAGAGAAAGUGGAGGAGGGCAACCUUGACCCCCGUGAGAGCAUGGUCGCCAUGGAAGCGCAGAGGAAAGACUUCCCUAAGGGGAUCCCAGAGUGUGGUACUGACGCGCUCCGCUUCGCACUCUGCUCUUACAAGGCCCAGGGUGAGGACAUCAGUCUGUCCGUGUCCCAGGUGCUGAGCUGUAGACACUUCUGUAACAAGAUGUGGCAGACAGUGAGAUUCACACUGGGUGUCCUGGAGGACAGAGGGGCUGAACUGGGAACAGUGGAACAGACCUCUCCUCUGGACAGUAUGGACCAGUGGGUUUGUUCUCGGCUCUAUAGCACGGUGCUCCAGUGUGAGCAGGGCUUUGAGAGAUAUGAACUCCACUCUGUUACCGCUGCCCUGCACUCCUUCUGGCUGCACAGCCUCUGUGACAUCUACCUGGAGUGCAUCAAGCCAGUGCUGAGCCAGGACUCUGGCGCCGGGGCGAUCGACACAGUGCACACUGGGAGAGGUAGCCAGAGAGAGAAGCAGGUGGUCAGGGCUGUUCUCUACCACUGUGUGUCUGUCUCUCUGGCCCUCCUCUCUCCCUUCAUGCCCUUCCUCACUGAGGAGCUGUGGCAGAGGCUCUACCUUCUCAGGGGAGAGAGUGGUGAUAGCGCCGGGGCUAGCUUGUGUCUACAGCCAUACCCACAGUCUUCACAACUGGCACACUGGCACUUCCCCCAGGAGGAAGCAGACUUCACUCUGGUCCAGGAAGUGGUGAGAGUAGCCAGGUCCCUCAGGGCCCAGUGUGGCAUGACCAAGGAGAAGCCUGACAUGUGGGCCGUGUGUUCGCCCAGCCAAGCCCAGAUCCUGGUCCACUUUGGCCCUGCUGUACGGACCCUGGGCCGAAUCACCAAGCUCCACCUCCACUGUCCUCAGGGGGCCGGCUCCCUGUCCUUCCCGUUGGCUCCCCCUCCCCCUAAAGGCAGUGCUGUGGGUGUGGUCGACCACUCCUGUCAGUUACACCUCAAUGUUCAGGGCGGUGUGAAUGUGAGCAAACUUAGUCUCCAGCUCUCCCAACGCAGAGAGAAGCUCCUCUCUAAACUGGAACAGUCCCUCUCUCGAACCCGUGUGCCAAACUACUUACAGAAGGUUCCAGAGCGAGUGAGGAUAGAGACAGAGAACAAAAUCUCAGCCUUGGAGCAGGAGCUGAGGAACAUUGAGGAGCAGCUGUCAGCAAUACAGGGACCUCCAAAACACACCUCUGGUCAAAAGUAGUGUACUAUGUAGGGUUUUUCACUAGUUCCCACAGUCAAAGUUAAAUAAAAAAUAAAAUGCA